CUCAAUGUCAGCUGUGUGGAAUGUGACCCUCCCUCGUUCCCUCUGAGGCUCCCGGGUGCAGUCACCAGCUGUUUCUCCCAUGUUUCCCAGACAUCUUUCCUCCUGGUCUGCUGUUGGAUCGGUGACACUAGUGUAAGAUGUCUUCUACUCCGGAGCUACAACCCCUCCUCUACACCACACCGCCCUACUUUGAGCCAGCCACUUCAUCAGUCCCAGGUCUGGCGCUCAAUAGCACCUCUUGCGAGGAGUGGGAGCAGACUCACCACCUCCUUUUCCAUCUGGGGAGCCUGUCCUUACUAUUGGGUCUGGUCAUCCCCACCACCCUUGCCCUGCAUAUGAUCCUGUUGCGCCUCCUCUUGAUGACAGGAUGUACUCUCUUCAUUGUGUGGGCGACGCUGUACAGGUGCAACCUGGAUGUGAUGGUUUGGAAUGUGGUAUUUCUGGUGGUCAACUUCAUGCACCUGUUCUUCCUCCUGUACAAGCGGAGACCGAUUAAGAUCGACAGGGAGUUGCAGUCUGUCUACAAGCGAAUGUUUGAGCCGCUCCAUGUGCAGGAGGCUCUUUUUCAGAGGCUCACAGGGCAGUUCUGCACCAUCCAGACACUAAAGAAGGGCCAGGUCUACGCUGCCGAGGAGAAAACAUCAGUGGACGAACGACUCAGCAUUCUCCUCAAAGGAAAGAUGAAAGUAUCAUAUCGAGGUCAUUUUCUUCACAACAUAUAUACCAAUUCCUUCAUUGACUCUCCAGAGUUCAGGUCCACUGAAAUGCACAGAGGAGAUAAGUUUCAGGUGACCAUCAUGGCAGAGGAGAACUGCAAAUUCCUUUGUUGGUCUCGAGAGAGGCUCACCUACUUCCUGGAGUCGGAUACUUUCCUAAAUGAGGUAUUCAGAUACCUCAUUGGCAAAGACAUUACCAACAAACUGUACUCUCUGAAUGAUCCCACACUCAGUGACAAGGCUGUAAAAAAAAUGGACCAUCAGCCUAGCCUAUGCUCUCAACUGUCUAUGAUGCAAAUGAGGAACAGCAUGGCGAGCAACAGCGACACUGAUGAUGUCCUUAACCAGAUCCUACGAGGAGGUUCUGCUGGAUCAUCACUCCAAAAAUCCCCGGGAACCAAGACCUCCUCAAAGAUGAAACCCAUAGAAGAAGGCAUGGAAGAUGAUGUUUUUGAAGAAACUCCUUCUCGCCGUGUGCCAAGUACUUCUACUGAAGAAGUGUAGUGAGCAGGGGAAGAAUCGUAUGCACUAGUUGUUCAUAUGCAACAACUAGAAUCUGAAAGAUAUACUUGAAAUGCCAACACGUGGUAAUCCAUGUGUUUAAGCAAAUGGAUAUCCACCUCAUAUCAACUAAUGCCAGUUGAGGAAUAUCAAAAAUAUGUUUGUGGUCAAUGCAAAACAACACAUAGUUUGCCUACCAGAGAGCAGUGGAAAAUACAUUAUUACCCUGUAAAUUCUUAUUGGAAGUCACUAGAAAAAGAAAAUCAUAGAAAAUGCCACAUGUUAAACCUCCACUCCACUGUUCUUUAGCUAUGUUAGGAGCUGUUUUGGGAAACAUGCCCAGUAUUAUGGCUCCAGGAGACCUGGCUAUCCUACAGAACUGCCAUGCCCCCCCAUGAAGAUAGUAGCUUACUUGCUUGAUAUUGUGCUUGAGCCACUAUAAAACCCAAAAGAGCUAUACUGAGAGAGUAAAUUAUUUUAAAUUCAUGAACAAUGGAAACUGUCCAAAUUUGACAGGGGAUGCACACAUCUGUUAUCACGUACCUAACUCUCUCUCCCCCUUUCUAGUUGACUCCAGAAAGACAAUUUUAGAAUAGCAUAGGAAACCUUAUCUGCCUGUCAAUCACUGCCUUUCCUUGAUUUAAAUGGUAAAGGCUAUUGCUGUGGAUUUGGCUCCAAAUAGUUGUCAAAUAUACAUAUUGAGGAAAAUGUCUUGAUACUGUUUAUUACAACUUCGAUAGAAUUAUAUUUUGGACUCAAAUGUACAACCCAUAAAAUAUAUGUAACAAGUUUUCUAAUCCA